GAGCCAGGUGAGCUUCAGAUUGUUUUCGGUUUCGCUUUUUACGACCAUAGUCAGAAUGAUCAAGUUUAAAGUGCUACUGAUGGUUGCAGUUGUGAUAGGCAGUGUUUCUGCUGAAGAUGCAGUUGCAGUUGGUGAACCAGGAAAUUUACCAGCAGAGGGAGGGGCUGUUGAUCCAGAAGGACUACUAUCAGUCGAUGCUCAGCAAGGACAUGAGAAUGAGAGUGCUCGGAAGGCACGACAGUUUGGAGGUGGUUAUGGUGGUGGGUUCGGAGUUGGAUUCGGAGGAGGAUUUGGAGGUGGCUAUGGUGGUGGAUUUGGCGGUGGAUAUGGUGGAGGAUAUGGUGGAGGAUUUGGAGGCGGAUACCGUGGAGGCUACGCUCAAAGGUUCCGAUACAGAGAACGUUUCCGGUACAGGCAACGAUUUGGGUAUGGAGGGUUCUACGGAUAGAGUAGUAUUUCGUGGACGUUAUUACUUGUGAUUUUGCUUUGAUAUAAAUAUAAAUUAUUAUUAUUUUCCCAAGUUGUCAUGCUUUAAAUCGUCUACUAAACAACGUUAUCAUUAA